AUGGAUAUCCCAGAUGGCCUAUUUGGCCAUCAGUUUAUGGGCCUGUGUUUCUACUCUUUGAAGGCUCUGAAGGUUGCUGUGAACAUGGCCUUGUGCAGGCCUUCUGUGCAGAGAACCCGUAGACCCGGUGGGCACCUUGACCGUGAGGCCAGCGCCAUGAAGGCCAGCGAACCGCGCGGCGGGGCCAUCUGGAUGGACUCGGGCCAGGCGCAGGCAGAGGACGAGAAGAGGGAACCGCCGACGUCCCUGCGCCCCAGUUGCAGCAGCAGCAGCAGCGAGACUCUCGGGUCCCAGAAGCCCAGCCUCUUGGGCCUCCAGUUCCAGAGUGAGCUGGACCUCUGGGACUUGGGUGGCAACUCGGAGCUGUUUGCAGCGGCCCUGGGCAACCUGGAGUGGCUGCGUUUCUGUCUCAACUGCAGCCGCAGCGGGAUUGUCACCGACAGCAAGGGUUUCUCAGCGCUGCACUUUGCCGCCAAGACCUGCAAACUCGACUGUAUGCAGGUCUUGAUAGAGGAGUACGGGUUCCCCGUGGACCUACGCACCAACAAGGGCCAGACCCCUCUGCACCUAGUCAUCCACAGGGACAACAACCUCACAGCCCUCCCCUGCAUUUAUUAUCUGCUCGGAAACGGGGCCAUGCUCAACUGCCAGACGAGCAACGGCUCAACGCCCCUGCACUUGGCAGCCCGAGAGGGUCUGAUGAAUAUAGUGGAAGUCCUGGUCAUGAAUGGUGCCAACGUCCAUGCUCGGGACACCAGGGGCUACAAGGCAAUCGACUACUGCAAAAUAUGGAAUGACCGUCCCUGUGCCCGGUUCUUGAAGGAUGCCAUGUGGAGGCAGGACAAGGAGAAUGUUUCCCGAGAGAUGGUCAAACUGAAGCGGCUUAAGGACCAGCUGACCCUCAUGGAACAGAACUUCCUGAUUGAGUAUGAGAAAUCACAUCAGAUGUGGAUCGAGGAAGAUUUCAAGACAUGGCUUCGUCUCAAGCUGCAGCGACCUGAGCCUGCUCCAGCACCCAGGGUCCCCAACUUGGCCUGGCACACCUUGGACCAUGUCAGGAUAUUGCCUCCCCUGAGCACCCACUGCUCCAGAAGGGCGCAGCGGCUGCUGGCUCAGCUAGAGCCACGGAGGGAGGCCAGCAAGCACUGCCUCAGCCAGCCCCGGUUCCCAGGGCUGAGGGCGUGGGACCCCAGCACCAACCCCGCCAGGAGCCCCGUCACCCAGAUCGGCCGCCCGCAGGACAUUCGCCUGGGCGUGCAGCCCGACCCGGACCCAGAGCGAGACCUCAGCUGCUUCCUUGAGGUCAUCACCGGCCAGCCAGGAGAGGAGCGGCUGCUGACAAGAACCGGACACAAGGUGGCACACCUGCCCCAGCUGCCUUUCCGCGUGAUCCUUGGUGCCCUGUGCCCAUCCCAGCAGCCCAGCAGGAUGAAGGUGCCCCAGGGUCUCCGUGCCACCAGCCUGAGUCUCAUACCCAGGAAGCGGCACCGGGCAGACGCCUUCUGCACUGACACGCUGGCCAUGACCCUGCGCGAGACAUUUGAGGAUGCCUUUGUGGCUGCUCUGCGUGCCCAUCAGGGGUCCCCCACUCUGACCUCCCCCCAGGAACCCUCAUAA